AUGAUAUUGGACGUCCCCAUAAGUCAUUGCGAUUUACUAAGAGAGGGCGCUCCAGUGCCGCCAGAGCCCCCUAUCGGUCGUUGGAAGCCUGAGUUACAUCAGUAUUAUCAGGAUGGUUCAAGGAUAGAGGCAGCUUUCAGAAAAUAUUUUCACAGGGCAAAUGUCAGUCAAGAAAAAGAUUCCUUCACCCUAUUAGUCUGCCAUGCCAAUGUUAUAAGAUAUUUUGCCUGUAGGGCACUUCAAUUUCCAGCUGAAGGCUGGCUAAGAAUUUCCUUAAACCAUGCUAGUAUCACAUGGAUUACUAUUACUCCUUCUGCGUUUUUGUUGAGUUAUUUCGUUGCAUUUUUUAUUUUUAACGCUACUUUGACAAUCCGCGAUAUAAAACAGCAGAGAAUCGGCGAGAUUAUGCCGAGAGCUGUAAGGAAGAGAAUGCCCGAAAAUGAGGUUCAAAUAACCCCGUCGAACAACAAAACCCCGAAGAUAAUAACGGAAAAACCUGCAAACAGACCUUUGGUAACAGCGGAGGGAAAAAUUUUGUACCAGUGUCAUUUUUGCGCCAAAAUGUUCGCUAUUGAGAUUGUACGGGAUAAUCAUUCGGAUAUUUGUCCCAAAAGGGGUGAUAUUAUAAGCGAGGUUGAUAAUAAUAAUGCUCCGGCUAAAAAAAUAAGGCUUGUUAAACAAAAAGAGAAUAAAACUCCACCAAAGUUAAACGAUGAGGUUGUUUCAAAGGAUGUGAGUCCUGCUAAUGAUGGUUAUGUUUUAAAUCAAGAAAAUCAUGUAUCGACCAACAAUAAAAUUAUUAUUAAUAACUCUAUUACGGUUAAACCACUUGGAACAUCAGAGGACAUUCCAAGUAAAGUUAUAGUCGAUGAUGUUGACAAAUCACUAAAAUGUCGUAUGUGUGCACAAGUUUUCUUGAAUCCGUUUGAGAAAUUGAAGCACACUCGUGAAACUCACAAAAUAAUUAAAAUUACAGUCCCUUACGAUGAAGUAGCAAAAUAUUUUGAUAACGAGGACAAAGAUAACUGCCCCAUAUGCGCAAAGCAUAUAAAAUCGAGAAAUUUUAAAUCUGUAUUCGUUAAACACCUGCUAACUCACACUCAAGGUACCAUAUACCCAUGUCCCAUUUGUUACCGAAGAUUUCGAAGGAAGGAUCAUAUGAAGAACCAUGAACGCAGACAUGCCGAAAACGGUGAAGAAAUAACCGAUUCUGACCAAGACGGAAAAUAAAAAAAACCAAUUUGACUGAAAUUAGUAUUUUUAAGUUUAUUAUUUAAUGUUCAAUUAAAAAAAAAUUGCGAUAUCUAAAAAAGUAUUAAUCAUACGUAAAAAUAUUUUUUAACAAAAAUAUUCAGCAUUUAAUUCUCUACAAAAUAUUUUUGACAAGUUUUCUCGAAAAAUUGACAGAAUUCGCGAUAUUUUACGAAAUCUGUUUUAUUGACAUUUCGUCACCUG